UUUCUUUCUCUCUCUCUCUUUCUCUUUCUCUCUCUCCUCUCCGUUAGCCUCGCAUUCCUGAAAUUCCUCGCUCCUUAUGUCAAGAGGGCAGGGCCAGACUCCGCGAGCCCUUCUUCUGCGCGUGUGUCUCUCCACGGAGCGUACGCGCGAGAGCACGGACUCGGGUACCCUCGUGCUCCGUCGACCCGGGCGGGGGGAAUUUAAAAACAACAACAACAACAACAACAACAACUUGGAAUCAAGUUAUAGCGUGCGUUUCCUCGUCUGGAAAACCCCCGGGCGCAUUCUGAGGGCUUUAUUUUUUAGGGGGGGGUGCAUUCCCACCCCAUCCGCGAAGGAAGCGCGGUCUAAGCUACGGAGAGCAGCGAGGAGGAGUUUGACUCUGGAGAUUCAAACCUUCUGAAGGUUUUGCGACCGGAAUGUGUUUAAGGAUUGUCGAGUUUUGAGUGCACGCACCGCCCCCCCCCCCCCCCCCAUUCAAAGGAAUCGUUUUUAUUCGACCCGAAUAUUGGAAGCGCCACGCAAAGUCGGCAUGUAGGAGGGGAAGCAGGAAAAACAGCACGCUCCCAGGAUCCCUGUUUCCUGUUUCAUCUCGGAAUGGGAACGCCCCCUCCCAGGAUGCACUUCUUCAGCGGGGGGUGCGGCCAUCCCUGGGCGGGGCAGACCGCCUAGUCCCCCCACCUCCACCUUUUGACCCUGCCCCGCCCCUGGACUGAGCCCCCCAUCCCAACAAAGCCAAUGCCGUUCAGGAUUAAGCUCCGGCGCUCCAGGCGCUACAACGUCCUGAGCAAGAACUACUUUGUGACACAGAUCCGCCUGCUGGAUGCCAACGUGAUCGAGUGCACGCUGUCUGUGGAGAGCACGGGGCAGGAGUGUCUGGAGGCAGUCGCGCAGCGCCUCGAGUUACGGGAGACCCAUUAUUUUGGCCUGUGGUUCCAUUCUAAGACUCAGGUGCAGAGAUGGGUGGAGCUGGAGAAACCUCUGAAGAAACAGCUGGAUAAGUUUGGCAGUGAGACGCUGCUGUUCUUCGCGGUCAUGUACUACGUGCCCAGCGUCUCCCGGCUCGAGCAAGAGAUCACCAGGUACCAGUACUACCUGCAGGUGAAGAAGGACGUUCUCGAUGGCCGUCUUCCCUGCACCGUGGAACAGGGCAUUCGCCUCGCUGGGUUUGCCGUCCAGGCGGACUUUGGAGAUUUCACUCGGUAUUUGUAUCAGGAUUUCCUUAGGGAAUAUGUGCUCUUCCCUGUGAACUGGCCUCACGUUGAUGAGGUCCUGGAGGAAUGGACUCAAAAGGUGGCCGAGGAACACAAGAGUCACUAUCAAUUACAGCCUGCAGAAGCAGAGUUACUCUACAUCAAAGAGGUAGAGAAACUGGAUGGAUUUGGGCAGGAGAGCUUUGCUGCGAAAGACAACUACACCAACGACAUCUUCAUCGGAGUGUCCUUCAUUGGGGUCUUCGUCAAACACAGGAACGGAAGAUCCAUUAUGCUGCAUCGCUGGAAGGACAUCGGCACCAUCGGGCACAACAAGUCGGCCAUCACCGUGGAGAUAACCAGAAAAGACGACACAAUCAUGUUCCACACGGAAGACAUUGAAAUGGCAAAGUACAUCGCACGCCUAUUCACUGCCCGGCACAAGUUCUACAAACAGAACAAGAUCUGUGCAGAGCAGGACAGCUCUCCGGAGACCGUAAGAAGGAGGCCCACCUGGAACCGGCUGCCCAGGCCCCAGUCUUGUAUUCUGCCCUCACAGUAUGACCACUAUCAGGAUACACAGAGUUCCCAAGACAGCAUCUUCCAUGAUGACCCAUACUACAAGUCCGAGUCGAGCCUGUUGGAGCUGGGCUUCCGGAACGGUCCGGUGCCCAACGGCAGCGUGUGCAGCAGCCCGAGUGCCAGCUCGCUCAGCCGCUCGCAGACGUUCGCGCACGGCUCCCCCGUCUCGUCCAAUCCCAGCCUCCCGUCCGGCGAGCUCACGCGCCCCGACUACGCGCCCAGCCACCGGCACUCAGCCAUCAUCGCGCCCUCGUACCGGCCCACGCCGGAGUACGACGCCGUGAUGCGGCAGAAGCACCGCCUCCUGCCGGCCACGCCCUCCGCCGACCUCCACAGCCAAUCACUGCGCAGCCUCAACAUCAGCAAUGCCUUCGCCUACCGCCGGCCCGAGGCGCUGGUGUACAGCCAGCCGGAGAUGCGGGAGCGCGGGCUGUACCACGCGCCGUACGGCGGUGGGGGAGGCGGCGGCCCCCAGCCUGCGUACGGACCCCCUGCCGGGCCUUCGUCCGCCCCUCUGGGGCCCGGGGUGCCCCCCAUGGCGGGGCAGGCGUCCUGCGCCCCCGGCAACGGCAUCUCUCACACGGUCAGCACCCCCGAGUUGGCCAACACAAAGCAGCAGCAGGCGGGUGGCGCGGGGCAGGCAGGUGAGGUCCCGCACGGACCGGCUGCGGGGGGCGGGACGGCCGGGCCGAGGGGCCGUCCGUCCCGCCCCCCGCCCCCUUACCCCGCCCCCUUUAGGCCGGCCACCAGCACGCCGGACCUGGUCAGCCACCGGCAGCGCGGUGUGGGCGGGUCCAGCCCGGAGACGGUCACCCGGAAGGUGCAGCUGUCCGUCAAGACCUUCCAACCGGACAGCUCGUCCGUGGUGCGGCAGUCGUUGCAAGAGGCCAGCGAGCUGCUGACGCAUGCCGCACGCCGCGCCGUCCCGAGCAAGGGCACUGCCUUCGCCCUCCCGCGCCGGAACACGCAGAGGGACCAGGCCCCGCCCCUGGCCCCGCCCCCUGCGCGGGAGUCCCCGCGCCCCAAGUCCUUCCGGCACCAGAAGACGCCGUCCAAUGUCACCAUGCUGGUGCACAGUAGCGAGAGCGAGGAGGAGGAAGAAGAGGAAUACCCGCCCGAGCUGGACAUCCACAUCCCGGGGCUGAACGAGGACAUCGAUGCCCGGCUGCAGGCCGCCCUGGCCAGCAUCCCCAACAAGCCUCCGCCCGAGUACCCAGGCCCGCGAUCCGGCUCUGCGGACCGCGCCCUCCGACACCGCGACCAGGACCAGGGCCGUCCGGAGGCAGCCCAGGGUCGGGCGCGGGCCAAGGCCACGGGAGGAGGGCCCCGGGCCGGGCACGGCGCGGCCGGCGGCCCCCCUCCCCGCGCGGAGCAGGCGUGCCUCGGUGGCGCCCUCUUGGGGCCGUCAAUCUCCGAGCCCGACCUGACCAGCGUGAAGGAGAGAGUGAGAAAGGAGCCCGUGAAGGAGAGGCCCGUGUCCGAGAUGUUCUCCAUCGAGGACAGCAUCGUGGAGAGGGAGUGCGCCCAGAGGACCCUGGAGAGGCAGAUGAAGUUGGUGGACUCGAUGAAGAGGCCCCUGAUGAUGGCUACCUUGAACGGUCUCUACGUCACGCGGAUGCCAGCGCCGGAAAACGCCCGCGCAGAGGGCACCAAGGUCAGCGCGGAUGAGCAGUGGAGGCACCUGGAGUUAAGGUUGGAGGAGGAGGCACUCUUCACUGAGUACGAGCGGGUCCCCAAGAAGGCAGCGGAGCGCAGCGUGACCACCGCCGCGCUGCCCGAGAACGCCGAGCGCAACCGCUUCCGCGACGUCGUCCCGUACGAGGACACUCGUGUGGAGCUCGUCCCCAGCAAGGACAACAACAUGGGAUACAUCAACGCCUCCCACGUCAGGAUGAUGGUCCGAGGGGAGGAGCGGCACUACAUUGCUACGCAGGGGCCUCUGCCCAACACUUGCCACGAUUUCUGGCAGAUGGUCUGGGAGCAAGGGGUCAACGUCAUUGCCAUGGUUACAGCAGAGGAGGAAGGAGGUCGCUCCAAAAGUCACAGGUACUGGCCCAAACUGGGCUCCAAGCACAACUCCGCCACGCACGGCAAGUUCAAGGUCACCACCAAGUUCCGCACUGACUCCGGUUGCUACGCGACGACGGGGUUAAAGGUCAAACACCUCCUCUCAGGUCAGGAGAGAACAGUGUGGCACCUACAGUACACGGACUGGCCCGAACACGGAUGCCCUGAAUACGUACAAGGCUUCCUCUCGUACCUGGAGGAGAUCCAGUCCGUGCGGCGGCACACCAACAGCAUGCUUGACACGUCCAAGAGCUUGAACCCUCCGGUGGUGGUGCACUGCAGCGCAGGCGUGGGCCGCACCGGGGUGGUCAUCCUGACCGAGCUCAUGCUCAGCGCCAUGGAGCACAACGAGAAGGUGGAGGUUCCAGUGAUGCUGGGCUGGUUAAGACAUCAACGAAUGCUGAUGGUCCAAACCAUGACCCAGUACAAGUUUGUCUAUCAGGUCCUGAUCCAGUUCCUCAAAAGCUCAAGACUCAUCUGAGCGCGUGCGUGUUCCGCCCCUGCGAACCAGACCCCUCCCCUCCCCGGCACAGCUGGAACUUUCGGACGUCAGGCGGAGACCGAACGGAUGUGGGCCAUUGUGGAAAACAAAGCCCGCAAACUAACACAAAGCACUGUAAACAACACCACCACCCCAACACCGCGCGGAGCGGUUUCUCAGCGCCCGCAGUACCCGGGCCGGUCGGGCUGGGGUAGAAAAACAGAGUCGUUCCCUCUCUGCCCCACUCCACAGCGGACAGGAAGCGCUCUGUGUUCUGCUCCGAAUGGUCCGAGUUCAUCCGGAGUUCUUACGUAGUGUGAAUGCGAAUACAUCGAUUCCGUAGGGGCAUAUUUAGUUUUCGGCACACAUUUAUCUGAGAGACAGUCUGCCAGUUUUCUGAUGAAUCUAAAAACAACAAAUUCUGAGGAGGAUACAUAAUCGUAAUUGUAUUUUGUCUCCGCAUAUUUCAACAAAAAAAAAGUUGUUAUGAUGAUAUGAACAGUGUAGCAGUCAGGGAAAAGCAACGUCGUCGCCGCCGUAACGUGCAGAUGUGCUUUUCUCUGACUGCUUUUCCCUGACGGCGCUGAGACAUCGCGCCGUGAUAUCACGCUGUGACAGAUGACCUCACGCUGUCUGAUUGAUUCCAGAUUUGGAGCAAGUUCUCCUGGUUGUGUGUAAGUAUCGUCUAGAUCGAUUCGGGCUCCAAUGAAAUUGCCUGAACUUGACUGAGCUGUAUCUAAUUAAGUCAAAGCCCCCUGUUCAUGUCGAGAAAACCCCCCCCAACUGUAUUUUUAGUUUUAAUUUAUUAUUUUCCAUUUUGGAACGUACGUUCCUUUUGGUCUCUCUCUCGUUUCUCUGUGUUUAGUAAAGAAAAGCAAAUAUAUUUUUUUUUGUAAUACCCAGAGACCAAAGUGUAAGGCGGCUUCAUCCUCUUGUACGUUUCCACGUAAUUAGAAAAAAAAAGAGACUGGUGACGUAUUGUACUGCAUCGCGCCUGCAAGUGCCGAGUAAUCUCGCUAAUGGUUUUCUUUUCCUCGCUUUUCGUCUUCUUUUUUUCCCUCUUCCUGACAUUAAAAAUCCAAACGGCAUGGUGUCGGGUCCUCUUCAUUAAGGAUCUGAUAACGUAAGAGAAAGUUAGGCGCAAUGAGGCCACGUCUGUUACGUCAUUAGGUUUGCGUAAUAAUGCAAAUUACGCAAAGGAGCGUAAUUUGACACGAACGUUCUGCAAUUUGAUAUGACCCGGUACGUUUAAAUACCAUAAAAAAUAAAAUCUAUGCAUGAUUUUAUUUUAUUAUUAUUAUUAUUAUUAUUAUUAUUAUUUACAUUUACGUGUGUACUUAUGGAAAUAAUUAACUUCUGCCAGCUGUCCUAUUCGUACUAAGAGUGUCGUAUGUUUUUAUGAUGGCGCGUCCUGUUCCCGCUUGUUAAAUACAAUUUCCAGACUUAAGUGACAUUUCCAAAACUCUGCGUAACCGUGUAUACGCAUCCUGUAUACGCUCUGCAAGUACAUUGCCAUGUGUGGGGUUUUUUUUUUUCCAUAAAAAGGAAAUCUGAGAAGCUAUGUAUGUCACACCGAUUAUGCAAUAAAGCAUUUUUUUCCUCAGAA